AUGAGUGCAAAGUCGGUAAAUGAUAAAGUGCAGACGCCAACGGCGCCACCACCUCCACCCACAGCCGCAGGCAGACCGCCCACAUCACAACUGUUUACUCGUGGCAACUUGAUGAGCAGAGGAGCUGCUGGAGACAAGACAGCUAUGGCUAGACCCUCCACAGCGGUGCGAGCGGUGGGUUAUGCAGCCAGCGGCAAUGGCUCGGCCGGACAGCGCUUCGAUCAGUUCUUUUUGGAAAAGGUGAAGCAGCAGACGCUAUCAUCAGCCAAUGCAGCUGUAGAUGCAGCCAAGGAAGUCAAUCCACAGAUCAAGUACAAGAACAUGGAGAGCAAGAUUGUUAAACUGCUGGAGUCUUCUAUAGUGCUGGCCGAAAGUGUGGCUGCCAAAUGUGCCAGUGGUGAAAUAAAUGCUGAAGUAAAGUCUACGCUAGCAGAUGCGCUAAAUAAGGCUAAGGAUGCCAGCUCACUGGAUCGCAUAUUGCAUCACGAGCAAGACAAACAGGGCGAAAAUGUAUUUCACAAUUUCGAUCUGACCUAUGCGGUAUUCUUUAAUCUGGCGGAGCAGUAUGAACACAAUGAUAUGCACAUUGAGGCUUUGAACACUUAUAACAUUAUGACCAAGAACAAAAUGUUUCCACAUGUUAAUCAGCUGAAGCUCAACAUGGGCAACAUUUAUUUAAAGAUGGGCAUGCACAAGAAGGCUAUCAAAAUGUAUCGCAUGGCGCUGGACUCGGUGCCCAAUACGCAGAAGCAGCUGCGGCUCAAGAUUACCGAAAACAUUGGUGUCCUAUUUGUGCGCAUGGCUCAAUAUGCGGAUGCAGCUUCUAGCUUUGAGUUCAUCAUGUCCGAACGCGCGGAUAUACGCAGCGGCAUACACUUGGUGCUUUGCUAUUAUGCGCUGGGUGAUGUGGAGAAGAUUAAGAGCAGCUUUCGUCAGCUGUGCGAUGUGCAGUCUAUGGAAACGGAACGCGAUCUGGAGAACGAGAAUAACAUAAUACGACUGCAGCAGCAGGCUGAUCAGACGGGACAGUCUGAUAUGGAGCCAGGCGCUGCUGAAGUGGCUAUCAUAGAUGCCGAAGCCGGCAGCAGCUAUGUGCAGCGCAAUGAGCCCGCCCAGAGCUCGGCUAAUGUAAAGGACAGUCAGCGUUAUGUGCUGCAGGCGCUUAAGACAGAUGAACUGGCUCAAUAUACCAAACAGCGACGCAAUGCGGAAAAGCGUUCCAUUAAUAUGAUUGUGGAUUUGAUAUCGCCUUUGAUAGAGGAGAACUACAACGAUGGCUACAACUGGUGCAUUGAAGUCAUUAAGACGUCCAAUCUCUGCUGGCUAGCCAAUGAGCUGGAGCUGAACAAGGCGCUUGUCUAUUUGCGCCAAAACGAUGUCAAUCAGGCCAUUGAAACGUUGCAGAUGUAUGAUCGUAAGAGUGAGGGCUCCAUGACAGCCAGUGCGCUGACCAAUCUGAGCUUCAUUUACAUCAACCUUGGCAAUCUGGAAAUGGCCACACAUUGCUUAAAUCAGCUGCAGGAGCUGGGUUUGCAAACAAAUACUUUGGCUUUGGUCAACGCUGGAGUGGUGGACAUAUUGCAGCAAAACUUUAGCUCGGCUCGGGAGCGCCUGCUGCGCGCUUUGCAGCUGGAGCCGGCGCACUUUGAAGCCAACUAUAAUCUGGGUUUGCUGGCGCUGCAGCAGCAGGACUUUGAGCUGGCUGAGGAGCAGUUUGAGCUGCUGAAAGCGCAACUAAUGGUGCCGCAUUCGGUGCAGCAUAGUCAUGUCUACUAUCAGCUGGCCAAAUUACAGGAGCGUCGUCUCAGCAGCGGCGGCGCCUUUAAGUCCAGCGCAAGUCCUGGCGCGCUACAAGGAUAUUUGCAGGUGCUGGGCAUUUCUGCAGCUGAUAUAGACUCACGUCUGUUCGAAAAGGUUGGCUCCAUGUACGAGCAGCUGCAGGAUCAUCAGCAGGCCAAUCAGUACUACAACGAAGCUUAUCGCAUCAACAUGAGCGACAUUAACAUUGCCAGCUCCAUUGGCUCCUACUACAUCAAGCUGCAGGCAACGGAGAAGGCGCUCUACUAUUACGAGCGUGCAGUCCUAGCAAAUCCCAAUGAUGCAAAUCUCAUGCUGCGCAUUGCCAGCUGCUUUAGGAACUCUUAUCUGCCGCCCAAGCAGUAUCUGGGCAUGUUUGAAAAGAUCUAUGCGCGCUUUCCGGACAAUCCCACGUGUGUGCGUGCGCUUAUGCAGGUGACCAAGUCCUUGGGCAUGAGCGAGCUGCAUGAGCGCUAUGGCCAGGAGUAUGCCAGGCUGCAAAAGCAGCAGCAGGAGCGACAGAACGAGCAGCGCUACCAGCAGCAGCGUCUAAACUCAGCUACCUCAGGCAGAGGCAGCAGUCGUCUUAGAAUCAAGCAGCAUGUGGAUCCUUUGGGGCCACCGGCGGAACGUCCACGCACUGGCAUGCAUCAUACCCAGCAGAGCAACGAUUCCGAUGAUGAGGCUGAAAUGAAUGCCGAAAGCUUAUUACCCAUUUAAGCAAUUAAUAUUGAAGCAGCAAUGGGCAUAAACUAUAUAAAGUUACUAAAAUUAAUGCAAAGUU